AUUGAAUAGUUGGUGCGCUUGAUCGAUUUGUCUAAAGUCAACUUUUAAGACUUUUCAGUCAAAAAAAGAUCGCAUCUACAAAUAUCCGACACACAAAGAGCGUCACAAAACCAUAGAGUAAGUAAAAUAAGUAAUAAAAUAAUAACUUAUUUUACUUUCUCUUUGCACAAGACAUACCCCAGGGGGGAUAUUUUGUGAAGAGCGUCGACUCCGACGAACCGCACUGGGUGGGGACCCACGCAUGGCAACUUCAAUAGAACGUCACGUCAGCUGUUUCUUGACGGUCCACGCUCUGUUUCGAGCCGAUUUCUCAGCUGUUCAGUGUUGUGAAACUCAAUUUCCACGAGUUUCCUCACGAAAAUCAUGUCGGAACCAGAGGCUGCGAGCUCGAGCACCGAGCAACCCAUCGAGGUUCCAGACGCCCAAGAAAAACGCGAAGAAUUCAGCGAACCCGAAACAAAAAAGCGAAAAGUCUGCAAACCCAACGACGAAAAGAAACACAAACUUGAAGAUCGAUUGGGCGGAAUUCUCUGCUGCGCAGUUUGUCUGGAUCUGCCCAGGGCCGCAGUUUACCAGUGUACCAACGGGCACCUGAUGUGUGCUGGGUGCUUUACGCACGUUUUGGCCGACGCUAGGCUGCGAGAUGAAUUGGCCACUUGCCCAAGUUGCCGUGUUGAAAUAUCCAAAACAGCGGCCACCCGCAACUUGGCAGUGGAAAAUGCGGUCAGCGAAUUGCCCAGCGAUUGCCAAUUUUGCGGUAAGCAAUAUCCCAGGAACUCUUUGGAGCGACAUGAGGAGCAGGAGUGCGAAGAAAGAAUCUCGUGGUGCAAAUACAACCGCAUUGGAUGCCCAUGGAGGGGCCCCGAACAUGAGCGGCAAGAGCACGAAAAUCAGUGCGCCCACCCGCAUCGCUCUGGGGCUGAGGUGAUGGAGUCUCUUCUGGCCAUGGACCAGGCCCUAGUGGAGGAGAAGAAACUGUACGAAAACAUUUUCGACUUGCUCGGAUAUGAGAAGAUCACCUUCAACGAGAUCCAGCUCAAACCGUAUCGCACCGAUGAGUUUCUGCACAGACUCUUCUACGAAUCGUCGCGAUUCUCUGCGUUCAACAACCAGUGGGUGGUCAAGGCGCGGAUUAAUAAUUCGCAAAAGGAUCCCACUCAAAGCUCAGAGCGCGAUAUGACUUACCAGCUGAUCCUCAAGUCGAAGUCCGCCACUCCUUUGAGCUUGAACUACAUCGUCUUGAGAGGCCCAGUUGGGGACAUUAAGGUGAAACCCAGGAUUUACGAGUUCGAUUUCACCGAGCAGAGCAAUGAGAGCCCCUACGUUUGCCUGCCCUUGCCCGACAGCGCUGAAUGCAAUAGAUUGUUAGCUGCAAAAACGAUAAAUUUCAGGCAAGUUGUUGAACAGCAACUUUCCCUUUUAUUUGUCAAAAAACAUAUUAAUAAUGUUUCUAGCGUCGAAGUAAACAACCACGUCGCUUGAUGCCGGUCGCGAUUGGAUAAGUUUUCAACAAAUUCUCGUGCUAUCGACUAAAUUCCACGGAUUUUUAACGGUAAUUUUAAUCAAGGAUCUCAAGACUUUUCUAGAUUUAAGUUGGUGCCCGCUAGUUAGAGGUUGAUGUAAAUUUUAACGAGUAUCAGGACUUAGUUUUUGCGUUUUUGGUGCUUCCUUAAUAUGCAACGGGUUCAUCCGAGGAUUACCUGGAAUUUUUUUUAAAGGCUUUUUAUGUUAGACAUUGUUGAUUGUAAAAUAGCGGCAAUAAACAAGGCAUAUUGAAAAAUA